ACAUGAAGGUCGCAAGUAGGUUUUUCAUAAAAUAUAUGUAAUUUAUUUGACAUCUGCUAUCUCAUUAAACACAUAAGAAAGUCAACGUCGAAGAUUUCAAACUAGCGGGAAAGAUAUUCAACUUUAAGUUUCCAACUGCAUGAAGCCUUGAUGGCACUAUCAGGAUGGAUCUGUGUGGUGACUGGUGCUUCCAGAGGAAUUGGAAGAGGUAUUGCCCUUCAGUUAUCUGAGGCUGGUGCUACAGUGUACAUUACUGGUCGACAGGAGAAAACUCUGAAGCAGACAGCAGCAGAGGUGACAGAGAGAGGUGGCCGGUGUCUCCCAGUGGUCUGUGACUCAUCUAAAGAGGAUGAAAUCAAGGAACUGUUUGAACGUGUCCGGCGUGAGCAAAGUGGCAGACUUGACUUGUUAGUGAAUAACGCCUAUGCAGGUGUACAGGCUAUCAUGGACAACUUGAACAAGAAAUUCUGGGAGGUGGAUCCAGAUAUUUGGGACACAAUCAACAACACUGGACUCAGGGGUCACUAUUUCUGCUCAGUGUAUGCUGCUCGGAUGAUGGUUGCUCAGGGCAAAGGCUUGAUUGUGUUCAUAUCAUCCAUGGGUGGUCUGCGCUAUCUCUUCAAUGUAUCCUAUGGGGUCGGCAAAGCUGCAUGUGACCGAAUGGCAGCGGACAUGGCAAUAGAGCUGAAGAAGAAAGGUGUGGUUUCUGUAAGCCUCUGGCCAGGGGCAGUUCAGACAGAGUUAAUUAAUCAGUAUAUGUCUCGUGGUGAGGGUCCUCUAGGAUUUGAUCCUAAAUUAAAGGAAGUGUUCAGUAAGGGUGAGACGACAGAGUUUAGUGGACGAUGUAUAGUUGAGCUGGCCAAAGAUAAAAGUCUGAUGUCAAUGACUGGGCAAGUGUUGAUGACCUGUGACCUCGCUCACCGCUAUGGACUUAAGGAUGUUGAUGGUCGCAGUGUAGUGGACUACACCUCUCUGAAGUUCCUCAUUUCCCAGAUACCCUAUGUGUCCUGGCUGUCCGUAUUCACUCCUUCAUUUAUCAGAGUGCCUCGUAUCAAUCAUAAUCUCAUCAUUGGCAAAAUCCAAAAAGUCUCAGUGACAUUUGUAAUCCUGUCAUUUUUUUUUUUCCAAAAUUUUUUUUUUCUAAUGUCCAUCUUUAAAAAUGAGUAAAGCAUUGAUUAAAAUUCCAGUAGCUGAGUCUGGAAGACACUUAAUGCACAGUUCAUCAGCAUA